GUAGAUCGCCCGCCGGGAUCGCGAAGAUAACCCUCAAGCUGCUUUGCUCCUUCGGCUCCUCCGCCGCUGAACUCGCUCAAUGCGGUAGCCCUUCCGCCUCCCCUGCCCUCCGCCGCCACCGCCUUCUUCUCUCACCAUGGGCUCUUCCCAGUCCUCGCAACCUGGCGUCGAGGCAUCCGACGAUGACGAUGACGAAGAGGAGGUAGGUGUGAUGUCCAGAAACCACCCCAUCAUCCCCUCCAAGGAGAAGGUUCUCGAGCAGGAGCCAGAAAUCCUCCCCUGCCGUGCUGCUGCCUCCCCUCUCUCCCCUCAGCCUUCUGCUGCUGGAACGCCUCGGUUGCUCGGCCCUUCCAUUAAGGUAUGGGACCCUUGUAACGUGCUCCUCCUCCCUCCGCCUCCUCCCCUGGCGCUCUUACCUCGCGGCGUCGCUGCCAUGGCGGCGGAUCGGAUCACGGAGGUGCUUCUGAUUGCCCACGGCGAAUGCGCUGCCAAUCUUCGGACGGAUCUGGUCGGCGGUCGGUGGACGGAGGCCGCGAGGCUGACCUCGAACGGGGAACGACAGGCUAGAGCGUUGGCCGUCUUCCUCAAGUCUCAGGGCGUGAGGUUCGACGAAGUCUACACCUCGCCUUUGGAUAGGGCGAGGGCUACUUCUGCUCUUGUUUGCCGGGAGCUUGAUUUCUCUGAGGAGUUGAUACAAUCAUCUGAUGCUCUGUUUGAGAUGAGUCAGGGACAAUGGGAAGGUUGCUUGCAGUCAGAAGUUUACACUGCAGAAAUGCUUAAUUUGAUUGAGCGGACCCAGCCUGAUUUUUGUGCUCCUUCAGGAGAAUCACUUCGGCAGGUGGCAUUUCGCAUGACUGAAUUUCUUAACAGGAUGGUCCUGAGAUUAUCUGAGAAACUUGCAGUGGCUGAUAUAUCAAUCCAUCGAAAUGAGUCCAAGGAAUUCUCACGGAACAGCUCAACUAAUUCAAUUCAAGAUCGAGAUGGGCUUCAAUGGGAUCUGCUUUACAGGCUGAACCGGCCAUCCUUCCAGAAGAAGAAAUCUGGUAAGAGCAGGCUUCAAUUUGUGACUACUGGAGAUAACGAGGCGGAGGAAGAGUUCUCCCCUAGGGAAGUCACUCAUGGGAACCUCCUUUCAGAUGGCAGUAAGAACACCGUUUCUUCUGUCGGAAUCUUCACGCAUGCAAUCCCAAUCAAAUGUCUUCUCACUGGACUUCUGGAAUGCAGUCCUAUGGUGUCCCAAAAGCUCUCGAUCGAUGAUUCUUCCGUGACAGUUCUGCAUCAUUCUCUAAGAACGGGAUGGCAGAUAAAGAGGCUUAACGACACAGCACAUCUCAGACUUCUUUAGACUGGCACAGAGGAUGAUACCAUGAUGGCUAUUCGAAUUAAUUGCUGCCUUAAUAUUUUCUGAAAGAAGUUCCCUAACAUUAUAGGAAGAUCUUAUCGAAUGGGAUGAUUUAUAAUCAUGAUAUCCAAAGCCUGAAAGUUUUCCAAUUUAGAUGAUGGAAAGAGGAUUGUCUCGGCGUAUUUAUUUCUUUUUUUAAAAAAGAAACAUGCUCCAUAGGAGCUACAAUUGGCACAUUUGUGCAUGUCGCUGGAAUCAGUCAAAUACCAACAUGUAUUAUUCCUUUUUUUUUUUAUUGCAUUGUAAUUCCUGAGUGUUUUGUUUAAUCAACAAUUAUAUGUGCAAAUACUAUGUUCUUUGUA